GUGAUCGGUGUUGGAAACAGGAAGAUGGGGAGGUGCGAAGGGCUUUGUCCUACACAUGGGGAUGUCCCUGGCAAAACCCUUGCUUUGUUAGAAAACGCCAGAAUCGCAACUUAAGUAGAAAUUGUACUGCUGGUUAGCGGACGCCCCGUGGAUAACAGCACACGUUUCGUAAGAUUGCUGAGCCGUCUGUCUGCAGAAGAUGUUACUAUGGAAAGGGAGUAAUUGACCAAAAAGAGUCACGAGAGCGUGUCAAGAAUCUACGAAACAGAAGAAGCGAAGCGCUUAAAGUGAGGAUCAGGCCGUUUCCCAGCGUCUACCGCGUUGCCACCGUCCAGUGGCCGGACCCCCCCACACCCGCACCCGCACCCGCCCCGCGGUUCACGGCCACGUCUCAAUGCUAUUCUUUGUACUGACAUUCUGAGACCCGAGACUCUCGCGCAAAGGAUCAGUCUCCGUCCAUUGAUGAUCUUCAAGGUCCUCCGUAGAAAAGGACAAGACAGAUUACUUCAGCUAUAGUAACGUUUUUCGAGUCUUCCCGGAAAACCAUACAAAGAGCACUGGCAGGGCGACAGGGCAAACUGAGGUGUGGCGACCUGCCGGCGAUGCUGCGCUGCAGGCUGAUCCCGUCGGCGGUGGUGACCGUGGUGCUGCUGCAGGGCGUCGCUAUGGUGCUGAUGUUCGGAUGGUACGGGCGCCUCAUGCCGUCGGAGUCGACGGCCCCGCGGGGCAAGGUACACGUGCUCCUGCUGUCCUCCUGGCGCUCGGGUUCCUCCUUUCUGGGGCAGGUGUUCAGCCAGCACCCCAACGUCUUCUAUCUGAUGGAGCCGGGGUGGCACGUGUGGACGACGCUGCGGCAGCCGGGGGCGCGUGCCCUGCGCAUGGCGUUGCGCGACCUCAUGCGCAGCAUUUUCCAGUGUGACCUGUCCGUACUUGAGGCCUACACACCAGACCAGCGCAAUGUCUCCCACCUCUUCAUGUGGAGCCAGAGCCGUGCCCUCUGCUCGCCGCCCGCCUGCCCCCUCACGCCCCGCCACUCCCUCAGCGAUGAGGCUGAGUGCAGGCGCCACUGUAACAUACGCGGCCUGCAGAAGGCAGAAGAGGCCUGCCACAGCUACAGCCACGUGGUACUGAAGGAGGUGCGUUUCUUCGAGUUGGAGUCUCUAUACCCGCUGUUGCGUGACCCCACCAUUGACCUGCGCAUCAUACACCUGAUCCGGGACCCGCGUGCCGUAGCCAGGUCCCGUGGGCAGGCCAUCAGGUCUCUGCUGAGGGACAGUGCUCUGGUGCUGGAGAAGGGUGACAAGCCGGUCACCGACUCAGACCUCCACGUCUUGCAGGAGGUGUGCCGCAGCCACGUACGCAUCUACGAGACCGCCAUGCUGAAACCGCCCGAUUUCCUGCGCGGACGUUACAAAAUGGUCCGUUACGAGGACAUGGUGCGCGACCCGCUGGCGGAGGUCGAGGACCUAUACAAAUUCGUCGACCUGGAGAUGACUCCGCAGCUCCAGGACUGGAUCUACAAGGUGACCCACGGCAAGGGCAAGGGCUCGAGGAAUGAGGCGUUCAAGAUCACGUCGCGCAACGCGGAGGACGUGUCCCAGGCCUGGCGCACCACGCUACCUCACAGCAUGGUGCAGCGCAUCCAGCAGGUGUGCAAGGGCGCCAUGUCACUGCUGGGCUACCAGCUCGUGGACAGUGAGAAGGAGCAGAAGCGCCUUGACCUGGAUCUGGUGGCGUCGCGCAAGCGCCACCACUUCAGCUGGCUCCCUUCAAAAACGACUCAGUUGCCCAUGUGGUGAGGUUGCUUGCCCCAAGCAGACCUCUGGCACUUUGACUCAGAAGCAAGAAUGGUAAAAUGCAUAAUGGAUAUGCAUUCUCUGCAUGGCCCCUGUUGAAUCACUUACUUGCUGUUUUUCUGCUUACAUCAUUUGGCAAUGUGUCGCCCUCUGGUGGAGACUCAUGGAUCUACAUGUUUGUACCUAUGUACACAUGUACAUACAGUUUACACAAUGCACAUUGAAUAUAUGCACUGUUACUCAUGUGUUUUAUAGAUUUGUAAAGGAUGUAAAAAAAAAAAAAAAAAACUCUCGCAAUGCACUCAUUUUGUCUGAGUUUUUUUUUUUUUAACCUUUCUGGUAGACGAUUAGAAACCUUGGAUUUUCGAUGAUUGGGGCUUAGUUUGUCUGCAUCACUCAUUAAGUUUUCUACAGGGAUGAAGGAAUAUGUUGAUUUAGCUUUUUAAGAAUUCUGUUUAAUAUUUAAAUGAUAGUUUGAUUUGCAGGUACCUGCAGUAAAGGGAGGGGAAAGUGGAAGAUCUGGAAAUGUCUCAUACAAAACAUGCAGUGAAAAAGGAGAAUAUGCAGAUGUGCAUUUUUACAGAACUGUCUGCAUCACACAUGAUAUGAAAUUAUUGAAAAUGUGGCCUGAUGUUUUUUUUCUGAAGAGAUGAAUAAAGAAUAAAUUAAUGCUU